ACGUUUGACGGAAGGGGCUCAGAAACAACUCAAGAGGGCACCGGUCACACAAGGAAGACGGCCUCACCCAUGCUUGGAAGGGAGCCCCGCUUACCUCGGGUAACCGGGACCCCUCUUUCCUUUUUCUGAACCCUUAGCAUCCCCCAAGGAAAAUUCCCAACAAGGACAGCACAUCCAUCCCUCUCAACCCUCCCAACAACCAACCCGCUCUCGUUCUUAAAACUCCUCAAUCCCAAGCCCGUGAACCUUCCUCCUCUCUUUCUCUGCUCAUCACACACUCUCACUAGACCAGAUCCAACAGUAAUUCUUCUUCCCUCAAGCCCUCAAGCAAUCUCGAUUCAAUCAAACAUGUCUGUCCCCGCUGCCAAGUAUAAGGUCGCUGAUAUUGUGAGUGUCAUCCGAACUUCGAUCCAAUCCAAUCCACACUACCGGUACCGUCAGAGGGAAUGCUGACCCUCCUUUCUUCCAGUCCCUCGCGGCCUUUGGUCGUCGUGAGAUUGAGUUGGCCGAAAACGUAAGUUUGCUCUUUUCGUUCUUCCGCUCAGCUCUAGCUCAAUCAGCUAACGGUGAUUAUACAGGAAAUGCCGGUUUGUAGCCCUGAUUUCCACGGACCAACAAACAAUUCGUUAACCGACGCCCCAUUAACAGGGUUUGAUGCAAACUCGUGCCAAGUAUGCGCAGGAUCAGCCUUUGGCCGGUGCCCGUAAGUCACGGAAUGCAAUUUUCAAUACGAGCAAGAUCAAGGAGGCAUUGCUGACACGGAACUGUAGGCAUUGCUGGAUGCCUCCACAUGAGUAAUCCGCCCUCCUUACGGCUCGAUUGAUGUCGUUCACGUGUACUAACCAUUCUAACCUCCAGCCAUCCAAACUGCCGUGCUUAUUGAGUAAGUUUUUCCAACAGUCUAACAUUUGUUGGAACUAAGGUUAACCGAUUUAGGACACUCACCUCGCUUGGCGCCGAAGUCACCUGGAGCUCCUGCAACAUUUUUUCCACUCAGGACCAUGCUGCAGCUGCUAUUGCCGCAACUGGCGUCCCUGUGUAAGCCAUGCCACAGGUAUUGACCUCGAUUCAUAAACUAAUUGCCGAAAUAGUUUUGCCUGGAAGGGUGAGACCGAAGAGGAAUACAAUUGGUGCUUGGAGCAACAACUUAUCUCAUUCAGGAAUGGGAAGGGGUUGAACCUCAUCCUCGAUGACGGUGGUGACCUUACUGCUCUCGUUCACAAGAAAUAUCCCGAGAUGCUCAACAACUGCUAUGGUUUGUCUGAGGAAACCACCACCGGUGUCCACCACCUUUACAAGAUGUUGAAAGAUGGAGCUCUCAGGGUUCCUGCAAUCAAUGUCAACGACUCUGUUACCAAGUCCAAGUUCGAUAAUCUUUACGGAUGCCGUGAAUCCCUUCUCGAUGGUAUCAAGCGUGCUACCGAUGUCAUGGUUGCUGGAAAGACUGCUGUUGUUGCUGGCUAUGGUGAUGUCGGAAAGGGCUGUGCCGACGCUCUCCGCUCAUUCGGUGCCCGUGUUAUUGUCACCGAGAUUGAUCCCAUCAAUGCUCUCCAAGCUGCUGUUUCCGGAUACCAGGUUACUACCAUGGAAGAGGCUGCCCCCCAGGGUCAAAUCUUUGUCACUACCACCGGUUGCACAGAUAUCUUGACCGCUAAGCACUUUGAGGCCAUGAAGGAUGAUGCGAUCGUCUGCAGUAUGUAUUUCCCAGAUGACCGUUACAUAAACAUUAUGCUGAUACCUGAUAGACAUUGGCCACUUCGACUGCGAAAUUGAUGUUGCCUGGCUCAAAGCAAACGCCGUCAAGACCGUUUCUAUCAAGCCCCAGGUCGAUCGUUUCCACAUGAAGAGCGGCAGACGUAUUAUACUGUUGGCUGAAGGUCGUCUCGUCAACUUGGGGUGUGCCACUGGUCACUCUUCCUUUGUCAUGAGCUGCUCUUUCACCAAUCAGACUCUUGCCCAGAUCUUGCUUUACAAGUCUCAGGACACUGCAUUCACCUCCAAGUACCCCGAGUUCGGUAAGGCUGCUGGCAAGCUUGAAGUUGGUGUCUACACCCUCCCCAAGAUUCUUGACGAGGAGGUCGCUCGCCUCCAUCUGUCUCAGUAAGUGCUCCAUAGAAUUUCCAUGGUAUAUGAAAGCGACUAAUAAUUUCCAUAGCUUGAACGUCAAGCUUGAGACUUUGUCUCCCAAACAGUCCGAAUAUCUCAGUAUCUCAGCUGAGGGGCCAUACAAGUCUGACAUGUAUGAAAUGGCCCUCCCUCUUAUGAAGAGCUUAACCUGUACUAACCUUCCCCUAGCUACCGCUACUAAACUCUUUAAAAGCAAGUCUUGA